CUGACGGCCCACCACUGAUAUAACAUGGACAUAACAUAGAUGGUGAAAAUAGUGUAUAGCGUGUAAAUAGCGGUCAACAAAGAAUAAGUCUCCCUCUCUCACCUCCCCUCCUUCCAUUCAUCCAGCUAACUACUGAACAGCUGCUUUCCCCAACAUCACGUGACUCAAUUACCAGUAACUGCUCCUACAGUAUCUCUUCAUGCUUUUAUUUCUUCAGACUCGCUGACUUCCUGCGUCAGACCCGAGCCGCCCUCAUCUGUCAGAAGCAGUUCCGCAUGGUGAGAGACAGACGGGCCUAUCUGAGGGUGAGACGGGCUGUCGUCACCAUCCAGGCCUUCACCAGAGGGAUGUUCACCCGCCGGAUCUACCAGGAGUUCCUGCUGCACCACAAGGCCAUGGUGAUCCAGAAGACGGUGCGCGGCUGGCUGCAGAGGACGAAGUUCAGGCGUGCGCGUGACGCCGCCGUCACCAUCCAGUGCGGCUUCAGACGCGUCCGAGCCAAACGACGGGUUCAGGAGCUGAAGAUCGAAGCUCGGUCCGCAGAACGCCUCAAGAAGCUCAACACGGGGAUGGAGAACAAGAUCGUCCAGCUGCAGAGGAAGAUGGACGAUCAGUCCAAAGAGCUCCGGACUCAGAACGAGCAGCUCGUGCAGGUGAACAGCGGUUUGGGCUCGGAGGUGAACAAGCUGCAGAAACAGCUGGAGCAGGUGAAGAGUCGGCCGGUAGGAGGAGCUCAGGUCUCCUCACUGCAGGAGGAGCUGGACAGGCUGAGGGAGGAACUGCAGGAGGCGUCGGCCCAGAGGAAGAGGAUGGAGGAGGAGCACGGCAACGAGAAGAUGGGGCUCCAACAGAGGGUGGAGGAGCUGGAGAGAGAGAACUCUCUGCUGAAGAGUGAGAAAGAGGAGAUGAACCAGAGGAUUCUUCAGCAAUCUAAGAGCUCCGGAGGUGAGACCUGAAGACAUCACCUGUCUGUCUGUCUCU